GUCACACUGGUCCCCGGCCGGCCGGAUCGGCGGCGGCGGCGCGGGGCAGCAUGAGGGAGCCGCUGCUCUGGCGGGUCCUGCCAGCGCGCUGCUCCCAGGGGCUGAGCUUGGAUGAAGCCGGUGCAUUAUGUACAGCGUCGAAGACCUCCUGAUUUCUCAUGGCUACAAGCUGUCGAGAAGCGUCCCAGCGCCGCCUGAGGAGGAGCGAGAGGGCCGCCGGCAGGCGAGGGCCCGUGCCCGAGCUGCCCAGGGCCUGCUGAACGGGUGCGACGAUGGCCCUGCCGCCCUCCCCCACAGCAGGCCGUCGCUGGGCAAGGGACACGCCAGCACCUCUGAAACCAGCCACCGCGCUCCCAGAGCCCACGGCGAGCCCCAGAGCGCCUGUGCUCCUAGAACUCCGGAGCUGGGGUUUUACCACCAGCCCGUACUAAGGUGGUCCUCUCAGCCCCAGACUGCUCACGACCACGCCUACUGGAGAAGAAGAGGACAGGAGGUUGGUGGCUUCCUGGGGCCAAGGAACCGAGAAGACCUGGAGGGCAGAGGAAUGGCCCAAGCCCACAGUCUGCCUGUCCACAUGAGGGAAGGUCCAUGGGAAGUUGGAGGAAGGACAGAGAAUGUGAUGAAGAAGGCAGUUUGGGAAGAAGAGCUGAGAAUGGCAGCACCUGCCAAGUGGCAGACUAUAAGCCUUGAGAGCUGGCACCAGCCAAGGAAGUUAGGGAGGCAGAUGUCUGAUGGUGACGGGGAGAGACUGUUUCAAGAUCUGUACCCAUUCAUGCAAGGAGAACAGGUGCUGAAUUCUCAAAGCAAAGGGAAAUCCCAGUCCUUGCCCAGGGCUUCCCCCGAGGGCCUGAGUUGCAUGGAGAUUCCCAUUCCACUGAAUGAUGGACAUUUUCCAAGUGUUCCUAAAAUGCCAUUUUACCCUCCAAAUUGUGCCCCCAAUUUGGAAUCCACAAGGAACCUCGAGAAGAGUGGCUCCUCGGCCCCUUUGCCCCGGCCCAAGUUUGGGAGACCCCUCAAGCCUCCGUCCUACGACUCUCACCAGAACUCCCGAGUGGGCAUGGAGAGCAGCGACUCUCCGGAUGGUCAGCAGGCAGACCUGUGCGCCUCCUACCUGAGCAGAGCUAACGAGCCCAGGCUGGAGCUAUGUGCGUCCGACUCCGGCUUAGAGCCUCCGGUGUACGUGCCCCCGCCGUCGUACAGGUCACCGCUGCAGCACAUCACCAACCCCUACGGGGACGACGCGGCCCCCAGGCCCGUGUGUGCUGGGCCCCGUCAACAGCAGCAUCCCGCGGAGGUGCCCAGUGCCGGGGGUCAGCCUCCUUCCAGGCCGCUGGGAACCGGGACCGAGUAUGGUGCGAGCCCGCGCUCUCCUCGAGCGUUCCCUCUACAGCCCCGGCCAACCACCGCUUAUGACAGCUCUGUCCUGUAUAUUCCCUUUGAUGAUCCCCGGAUACGACAUUUUAAACUAGCCCAGCCCCAGGGUUUCCAUCCAGAAACACAGGCUGCUGAGAUGUUGUACAGCUCGAGUCCGGGUACUGCCCCAGCACCUGCUCACGGCAACAGUCAACAGGACGGCGCCGUCUUGAGCCCACGGAGCGUGAGGACCCCACCAGGCAACGCCAGCAGCUCCGCCCCAGCCAGUCCUGGUCCCCGGUGGCUAUGGGGCCAUCUCCCCGGGGAUGCAGAGAAUGGCAGCUUUCCUGACCAAAGAGACCAUGGUGCUGUGAGAGGACAGUGGCCUGCCGUGGGUGGCAGCCCGCGUGGCCACCCAGAAGGCCCGGCCCCCUCCCCAAGCCCGCAGGGUGAGAGUACCUGCGAAACUCGAACCACGCUCAAGAAGUUUGAAACUGGGAUUCAGACCAAGAAAAGUUCAAAGAAAAAAAUGAACGAGACGAUAUUUUGUUUGGUUUCCAUCCCAGUUAAAUCCGAAUCACAUCUGCCAGAUAUAGAUACCAACAACAAUGACUUAAAACAGAGCUCUGAUAAAAAGAAUAGGCUUGAUAAGAGCCCGGCUUUGCAAGAACAAAGUCUGCUGAGCAUGUCUUCCACGGACCUGGAGCUGCAAGCUCUCACAGGAAGUAUGGUUGGGAGAACAGAGUUCCAGAAACAAGAUCUGGGGGAACCAGAAGAAGGGAAACAAACAAAUGACCUCAGAUUCCUUCACCCUACAAAGCACAGAGAGCUCAAGUAUUCUGGCUCAUGGCCAGGGCACCAGUACAGAGAUCAGCAAACACAAACCACUUUCACCGAGGACUCCAAAAGCCCUCUGCCCCUCCCAUGCGAGAAGCCGGGAGGGUCCCCAAAAGCAGUACUGACACCCAGAUUUUCAGACCCCAUUGCCUCUGAAGCUCACCUGCCUGGGGUGUUAGCUUCCAGCCACCAGAGCCAGAGGCCACAUGCUCAUCACCUGAAAGGUCAGAUGUCCCUCAGCCCCUCCAGCAACAGCGCUUUCUCGAAGACUUCCUCCUGCAUAAGCCACGCACCUAUUCUGAAAGCAGGGCCCACUCAGCCGUGCGUGGAUGGCCGUGGCCGCGACGCCAGCCCUGUGCCCCGGGGCGAGGUGGUGAAGGGGGAGACCACCGGCCCCUGCAAUAGUCAGCAGCUCUUUGGCCAGUUUCUCCUGAAGCCAGUGAGCCGGCGUCCCUGGGAUUUGAUAAGCCAGCUGGAAAGUUUUAACAGGGAGCUUCAGGAGGAGGAGGAGAGCAGUCACAGUGGCAGUGACAGCAGCGAGGACAGUGACACGGAGUGGCGGUGUGAAGGCCACGUGGACACCACCGCCAAGAGCCGGGGCUUGGGUGAGGCAGGCCAGGUGCAGAGAGCUGAGGCUGCCCUAGGGAGGCUGGCACCCGAGGAGCCCGGGCCCAGGUCGGGAAGAGUGAAGAGUAAGUCCGAGAGCUGGAGCGAGGAGCAGAAGCUGGGCCGGCCCCACGUCCCCCCUUGGUCCCUGGGCCCCGUGACGGUGGUAGGCGGAAGGGCUGCGGCCUCACUGUCUCCACGCACCAGCCCGGUCACCGAGAAAGGAGACCAGGAGGCCGAGCACAGGAUGGACAAGCCAGCAGUCAGCCUGGGUCCUGUGAACGCAGUGAUGUCCUCUAAGUCCAGUGACACGAAGCCAGUGCUCUUGUCUGAGCCAGCUGAGCUAAGGCAGCCCGGGGAAAGUCAGGAGCUGCCCGGCAUGUCCAUUUCUGGUGGGCCAGGUGCAGCAGCCCCUCGGAAGGCUGGUGGUGGAGGGGAGCAGGGCCCGCGGCUCCCACUCUUUCUUGCCAGCAAAGCCCGAGGACUGUCAGCCCCAGACUUGAGGUCUGUGGGGCUGCUACCUGCACCAGAGCGGAGUGCCGAGAAGUCAGAUGGCUCUUUAGGGGAAGCGAGUGCCAUAGAAAUCCCCCCAAAUGAGUCCCUGCAAGCAAGAGCUGCAAGGAUCCUGGGCAUCGAGGUGGCCGUGGAGUCCCUACUGCCAGGUGCCCAGAGAACAGGGCAGAACGAGCACCCUGAGCCCGAUGGAAGUGUCUGCUGGCCAGAGGCCCCCAGGAAGGAGGCUGCAUCCAGCUCAGUGCAGCCAGAUGACCCCGCGGUGUCCACGGACGCCUUCUAUGGCAGGAGGAAGUGUGGCUGGACCGAAAGCCCUCUCUUUGUAGGGGAAAGGGACGGUGCCCGUCGGGUUGCCCCGACCGCUGAGCAUGUGAGUGUGGACAGGACUGUCCCCAGCAAAGCCCCCAGUCCUGAGCCUCAGCCCAGCCGCCAGGAGUUCACAUCCUGCGAUCACAGGGACAUGGAGACAAAACCACCCUUCAGGUCCACUCUGUUCCACUUUAUAGAAAGGACCCCGAGCGUGGCAGGCGCAGAAAAGAGGCUCAGAAGCACUUCCAAAGUGAUCGAAAGUUUACAAGAGAAACUGGCCUCCCCCCCUCGGAGAGCAGACCCCGACCGCCUGAUGAGGAUGAAGGAGGUAAGCUCUGUGUCUCGGAUGAGGCUCCUGAGUUCCCGGAGCGCCGACUCCGUGGAGGAGGCCGAGGACCUGAAGGCCGAGAGGGUGCCACCUGGAGGCCUGGUAUCUCCAAAUGCGGGGGACCUGAAGGCCGGGCAUCCCCUCCCUGUCUCCAAGGGGGCCCCCUCGCUGGAAGAAGACAGGCAUCCAGCAGCACAGAGAGAGAAGACUGUCCAGCAGGACUUCUGGUGCCCAGAUUCGUAUGACCCUAGCAGAGUGGAGAGGGUGUGAGGAGAUGCCAGUGAAGCACCGGAUCGCUAGAGUUUACUAACUGGGUGUCCUCUUGUUUGGCCUGUCCGCCCUGCCUGCCCAUGUGUUGGCUGGCGCCUGCUGGCUUGUACUGUACUGUCGCAUCCUCUACCACUGCCACCAAGAAAUUCACCAUCCCUCUAGAAUCACUUUGUGGAAAUAAAGCAUUAGUCUAUUGAAACCAUCUGUUUUUAUAAUAUGAAGAGUUAAUGCCUGUAUGUAGAGAGGAGUUGCAUAAACUCUCCUUAGUGAUGGAUUUAGCCAAGCUGGUAAAUAGUUUGGUGUUAAUCUGGUUCCAUGUAAAAUUCAACCGGGAAUGGUUUUGAAGGGACUGUGAAUGUCAUUAAUUCCCCUUUGCAUCUCCAUAGCCCGUGGCCCAUGCUCGUGUUAAGGAGUUUGGGACUUGGGCCAACUGCCCGGCAUUCCAGCACUUUGAGUUUAGGGGAAAUGGGAUGAAUCUAUAUGCCCGUUUCUAAUCAAUUUGGCCUUCUGCUGCUGCAAGUAACUCUAUUUAUAAAUAACUUGCCAUCAGAGAAUAAAAGCAAUAUCUUUUAAGUUUCUAAAAGAUUAAAAAUUGUACCAUAAUGUAUUCAGAGUAUUAUUUAUCUGGCGAUGAAAUACUUUGAUCAUUCGCAAACAUGCCAUCGUCUGCUUUGCCCUCAGUAUUAUCUAUUUUUAUGUUCUGUAUGGAUGUUUAGAAAUUCUUUAUAUGAAAAGUAAUUGCUGGUUUAAAAUAGACCAUUUUAACAAAGUAACUAUAUUUCUUUUUACAAAAAUGCUAUUUUUCUAUGAUGUAAACAAUUAUGAGGUGGCAGAUUUUUAAGGAAGUAUUAUUUUAUUUAAGAGUCUGUAUCCCUUUGUGUGAGAGGAACCCAGAAAGGGUUCACAUUUGCUUUAAAGCACACACCCCUUACCCCUUCACAGCUCAGCUACUUGUAUGUUAUCUUAAAAAGAGAUGUCAAUAUAGACAUUGUAUUACAGGGUUAAUAAAAUGAACUUUUCACAAAGAUGCUUUCGCAAAUGUAGCUGUAAGGUUAUAUUUGAAAAUAACCCUCUCAAAACCAGCCAACAUCCUUACAACUAUUUUUGCUGCCAUAUCCACUAGAAUUACCAAAAAACAUAGUUUCAUCUCGGUAUGUCUGUGGGGAUCUCCCCUGAGACGAUACUUUCCUCUCCACUGCCCCCUGCCCUUUUAUGAAAUACUGUAUUUUUAUCUAGAAUGAUCCUUAAUUAUUAGUCUCUGCAUAUUUUUUAAAAGUGCUAGAGACAUUAUAUAUAUAUGCCAAUACAAAAGUACUACGAGGCCUCUGUAUUCUACUGUGUUUACUAUUGCAGUAGCCUGCACAAAUUUUAAGCAUUUUUAUGCAUUUGUCCCUUCUUUCUAAGUAGGGUAUCUUGUUAGCUAACACUUCCUGAAUGGUUUCUUGUCGCCUUCCUUCCUCUUUCCUUCCUUCCCUCUCUCUUUUUUGAGAAACCACCUUCUCUAUUUUUAGAUGUUUCAAAUUCGUAAAAUGUAAAUUGUUGGGUGGUCUGCAAUUUGGCCUGCAAACAACUCCGACUGGGCUUUCAUGGCCCAUUUUUAUCUGUACCAUAUGAUUUUAUUUCAUAAAAACUUCAUGUAUUUGGACUAUAAUAAACAACACAGAAUCUAAGUAGUUCUGAACAGUUGUUUCAAAUACACUUAUCUGCAUUCUUGGUCCUUACCUCUCUUAAGCAGUCUUCUAUUACUUGUUUCCAGAUUUUGGCUCUUGUGAAAAGUUGUACUAGGCUCUUGCUUUCCCAGCAAAUGAGAUGGGCCAAGUCUUAGCAUUAGGAAUGGCAGAAACUUUUUCCCCAGGAAAAGUUUAAUAGGGAAGAGGUCAGUUACUCUAAUAGUUGGUGAAUCACUCAAGUCAUCUGCUAAAACCAAAUGAGGGUGGCUACCUGGAGGUCUUUGUGGGAUGUGCUUCCUUCCUUAAAUUACAAAUGAAAGAAGGUGAGGUGUACAUAUAUGUAUGUAUGUACACAUAUAGAAACAUACAUAUAUACAUGUCUAUUAACUCUACUCUGACUUCUUAAAUUUGUUGAUCCCAUCUAAAAACUUCUUUAAAUGAAAGUAAUGAAAUUUUAGCUUAUUCCUCAAGAGAAAGAAAAGGAUCCUGAAGAGAAAAAACAGGGUAACCUAUGUAUACCACAAAGCAAUAUAAUGAUGGUCUUCUGAUUUUUAUUCUAAAUUGUACCAUCUUUCUGAAACCAUUCUGAAUUUUGUUGAAAUUAUCAGUAUUUCUACUUUGAACCUUAAUUUCUGGACUUAAGCCUGUAUAUAAAUCUUUUUGGUGUGUGUUGGGGGAUAACUUUGACAAUUUGAGUUUUAAGCUUGCACAUUCUGAGGUAAAUAAUACAUCCUGUAAUCCAAAAUAGCUUUCCCAGAAGUUUUGAACUUAAUGCUAAUUAUUAUUUUAUUAUUACUACUUCUGAUGCAUAUAUAACUCUCCAUUAUUAUUUGUGGCCUGAAAAAAAAAGUUCUCCUAUCUUGUCCUUGUCAUUGUUUUCUCAUAUGUAUGCUAACUGUUGGUGUUUCAUGAUUUUGGGCUUAUGAAAUUAAAAGUUCUACCUUUGA